GGAGGAGGAGGAGGAGGAGGAGGAGGAGGAGGAGGAGGAGGGGCAGUCGCGGGUGUGGCGCCCUCACCGGCGCGCAGGUGCGCCGCACCACGCACCAGGGCGCUCGGCUCGCCGAGCACGCGCGCGCGCUGUGCUCCUCUCUUUCUGUGCGGCGGGAGGGCGCGGUCUGGAGAAAGCACCCGGCGCAGCCAGGUUUCUGCUGACGCGAUGUGCGCACUUCCGCUCGGAAGGCAACGCCAAAAGGACCACGGCAAGCGAGACGGACCACCAAGGCUGCCGGGCUGGCCCGACGCACAGCCUCGAGAGGCACCUGACAACUUCCCAGACACCUCGGGCAAUGCAGAGAACAUGACGGCAAGUGUUUCAACAUGUUCGGCCUCUGGGGACGCUCACCGGGCCGCGGGACCGUCAACCAACGACGCAGGCUGGGAAAUCGGUCCCGGACGGCGGCGGCACGGCUGCCCUGGUCAAGCAACUGACUCGAAUGGCCAAGACAGAAUCAGCGACAGCAGAGGGUGCCGUCGAGCCCUCAGGGCACCCAGAGUACCACGCUUUUGAGCGCAAAGGGCAAUCCGUAGCCAGGGACUGUUUGCACACACGCUGUCGCAUCGGGCAGAACAACGUCGCCCUGGUCGAGCCUGCUGUGAUAAACUCAGACUCGAACCCGAGUCGGCUGCUGAAACGUGCGGCGCUCGGACAACCCAUGUCGAAGCAACGCCACGUGGAGUAAUACGAAGAAGAGGACGAGAAAUGCGAAUAAUAUCGGGAAAGACAAGAGAGAAGGAUGACAGAAGAGAGGAUGGCAUCGAGCCCAUCUGCACACGGUGCGCAGCCGGUGUGAAUCGGCAGCCCAGGAAUCGCGUAAUUCCUCGAACCGCUCGUGUGGCCUGCACUAAAAGGCUGGUCCCCCUGCCUUCGGAUGCAAUCCCUGGGAGAUCUGCUAGCCCCCAUCACCCAGGCCCGACGGCGCGCAUCGCGCCCGGCGAUGGGCGGCCCACGGCUGCGCCAUCGUGUGCCUCGCGCCGCCGCCUCAGGAGAAAGGGUGUACACCUCAGCGGCCCGGGGCCCCGCCGCGCGGAGCGCGAUCUACCUUCGCCCCGCUGGGGAGGAGGAGGAGGAGGAGGAGGAGGAGGAGGAGGAGGGCCAGGGAGGAGGGCCAGGGGGGAGGGCCAGGGGAGCUCCCGGCGGGCCCUCCCGCGGCGGGAGGCGCAGACCACGAGACGCUGCUGCAGCAGCGGCGGAUGCACCCCAAGGAGGCAACUACUGGGAGGUCUUCGUCGGAAGGAUGAGGGAGACUGAAGCCCCAUUGGGGGCUGCUGCGCCGGAUUCCGCCGCGGACUCCGCGGGACAGAGCCGGAACUCGGACCAGGGCAAGCUCAGCACCUCACCUCCCAGGGAAACCGCAUCCGCACCCGGGAGGGGCCCAGGGCCCAGGGCCCCGCCCCCCCGAUCCCUCUCAUCCCACGGCUGCUCGCCUGGAGAGCCGCCGAUCCGCAUCGGGCGUGCUGGCGCCCUGCGGGCAGAGCUCAGAGAACGCAGGCCAGCGCACCCUCGUUUCGAUCGACGGUGCGGGGGCCUCCGGCGCCCGGGCCCCUCUGCGGGGCGGGACGCGGCGGCAGGGGCACGCCCUGGCCGGUGAGGGCAGCGAAGAACGCGUCCCGCAUGAUCGCGCGCUGCAUGCGGCGCCGCUGCGUCUUCGUCUUCGGCUGGAACGCUGGAGCCUCCGAGCUGGUGCCCUCCCCCGAGCUCGGCAGCUGCACCAGGCGCGCAGGCCACGGGACCUCCUCCUCGGGGGGGUGCAGCACCACCCGCAUCGGCCUGCCCAGGGCCUCGCCGUAGACGCUCCCCGUGGCCAUGGCGCGCGGGUCGAAGCUCACGGGGGUCACGCGGCUGGGGGUACCCUCCUGCCAGCCGCCAAGGUUGCACGUCAACAUGGCUUGGCCGAUCGAGCUCGAACGCUUGGUGAUUCGGGGUCUCGGGGAGCCGUGCUCGAAUGCAAAGGCCUCUCGUGCCAGAGCGGCU